AAAACACACUUGAAAAAGAAAGGAGAAGAAUUUGGUGUGUGGAGCCAGUGACCGUGAGUGAAUAAAUGCUAAGCCGGGAGGUCAAGCAAUAAUCUGUUUGGGUCUGGUCUGGUCUCGACCUUUUGUUUGCAAUUUCCCUCUUCUUGUAUAAAAGAAAAAAUAAAAACUGAAAAAUUAUCCACCAAAUUUCUCAUUCUGCUGCCAUGACUGAAUUGCCUGUUGAUGUUUUUGGUUCUAUAGGCUGCGAUAUCUCCGUAGUUGCCCCUUUCAAACUGUAGAUUUUCCUUCUUAUCCUCUCUCUCUCUCUCACACACACUUCUGGUCUCUUUUCUUCUGUCUCCAUUUUCUUUUCUUUAUUCUCUCUCUGUAAACGAAAUUUAUCUUUGAGUUACGGACAUGGAGGGUGGGGCACAGUACAACCCACGAACAGUAGAAGAGGUUUUCAGGGAUUUUAAAGGCCGUAGAGCUGGAAUGAUCAAGGCCCUCACCACUGAUGUGGAAGAGUUCUAUCAACUGUGUAAUCCUGAGAAGGAGAAUCUUUGCCUGUAUGGAUUCCCUAAUGAGCAGUGGGAAGUCAAUUUACCUGCUGAAGAAGUGCCUCCAGAGCUCCCUGAGCCUGCACUAGGUAUUAACUUUGCCAGAGAUGGAAUGCAGGAGAAAGAUUGGCUUUCUCUAGUUGCUGUUCACAGUGAUGCAUGGUUACUUGCUGUGGCUUUCUAUUUUGGUGCUAGAUUUGGUUUUGAUAAAGCUGACAGGAAACGUCUUUUCACUAUGAUAAAUGAUCUUCCAACAAUAUUUGAGGUUGUGACGGGAACUGCAAAGAAGCAGGUGAAGGAGAAGUCAUCAGUCUCAAAUCAUAGCAGUAACAAGUCCAAGUCGAGCUCAAAAGGGCGUGGAUCUGAAUCUGGCAAAUAUUCAAAGGGGCAGCCAAGGGAUGAUGAUGAAGGACUGGAAGAAGAUGAUGAGGAAGAGCAUGGGGAUACAUUGUGUGGGGCAUGUAGAGAAAACUAUGCUGCAGAUGAGUUCUGGAUUUGUUGCGACAUAUGCGAAAAGUGGUUCCAUGGCAAGUGCGUGAAGAUAACUCCAGCCAGGGCCGAGCACAUUAAGCAAUACAAAUGCCCAUCUUGUAGCAACAAGAGAGCACGGCCUUGAUGUUUGUAGGUUUGUUCAGCCCUCACCACCGUGCUUCCCUCGUGUUCAUGUCAUCAAACUAUUCAGUUAGUCAGAUUUUCUACGUGGUGCUAUAUUGGCCCCGUGUAUUAUUAGGUAAAAUGUCUUUGGAACUUGUUAGUUUGUGUAUGUUAGCAUUUGGUAGCUUGCAUAGUCGAGCAUGUCUAGUUUGGAUAUUAUCAUUUCCACUGUGUAGGAAAGCAUUUUUCCUAUUAAACACAGACUAUCUAAUUAUUCUCAACUAAUUAUUGAAGUGCAUCCAUUACUUCUGUUCAA